CUUCCUGGCCGACACCCCGCAAGGUAUUCACUGAUGGAUUCUGUUAUAUAGCUGAACUCUGGUAAUAUCCAAAUUCCUGUAUCUUGUCUGAAAUAGAAACUGCCUUAGGAUUCAUCCUGAUUUAAGCCAAAUUACCUAAAAGUCUUUCAUGAAAGACAUUUGGGGCCAGGAGCCAAGACCCACCUCUUUACUAACUUGAUAUUAUACAAGUCAUCUUACUUCUCUGGAUCUCUGUUGCCUCAUCUGUAAAAAGGAGAUAAAAUUUUUUAGCUAUAUGAAGAUGCGGUGGAGGACCAGCCUACUACAGUAUUAUUUUCUCUCAGCUACAUGUCUACUAAUCACUCUUGAAGCUGUACCUAUAGACAUCGACAAGACAAAAGUACAAAACACUCAACCUGUGGAAAGUGCAAAGAUAGAACCACCAGAUACUGGACUUUAUUAUGAUGAAUAUCUUAAGCAAGUGAUUGAUGUGCUGGAAACAGAUAAACAUUUCAGAGAAAAGCUCCAGAAAGCAGACAUAGAGGAAAUAAAGAGUGGGAGGCUAAGCAAAGAGCUGGAUUUAGUAAGUCACCAUGUGAGGACAAAACUUGAUGAACUGAAAAGGCAAGAAGUUGGAAGGUUAAGAAUGCUGAUUAAAGCUAAAUUGGAUUCCCUUCAAAAUAUAGGCAUGGACCACCAAGCUCUUCUAAAACAAUUUGAUCACCUAAACCAUCUGAAUCCUGACAAGUUUGAGUCCACAGAUUUAGAUAUGCUAAUCAAAGCGGCAACAAGUGACCUGGAACACUAUGACAAGACUCGACAUGAAGAAUUUAAAAAAUAUGAAAUGAUGAAGGAACAUGAACGGAGAGAAUAUUUGAAAACACUGAAUGAGGAAAAGAGAAAAGAGGAAGAAUCUAAAUUUGAAGAAAUGAAGAAAAAGCAUGAAAAUCAUCCCAAAGUUAAUCAUCCAGGAAGCAAAGAUCAACUAAAAGAGGUUUGGGAAGAGACAGAUGGAUUGGAUCCUAAUGACUUUGACCCCAAGACAUUUUUCAAGUUACAUGAUGUCAAUAAUGAUGGGUUCCUGGAUGAACAAGAAUUAGAAGCCCUAUUUACUAAAGAGUUGGAGAAAGUGUAUGAUGCCCAAAAUGAAGAGGAUGAUAUGGUAGAAAUGGAGGAAGAAAGACUUAGAAUGAGGGAACAUGUAAUGAGUGAGGUUGAUACCAACAAAGAUCGACUGGUGACUCUGGAAGAAUUUUUGAAAGCUACAGAAAAAAAAGAAUUCUUGGAACCAGAUAGCUGGGAGACAUUGGAUCAGCAGCAGUUAUUCACAGAGGAAGAACUAAAAGAGUAUGAAAAAAUUAUUGCUUUACAAGAAGAUGCACUUAAGAAGAGGGCUGAUGAACUUCAGAAACAAAAAGAAGAGCUGCGGUAUCAGCAUGAUCAGCUUGAGGCCCGGAAGCAGGAAUAUCAUCAGGCCAUACAGCAGAUGGAACAGAAAAAAUUACAACAAGGAACUGCUCCAUCAGGGACAACUGGAGAAUUGAAACCACACAUUUAAAGUUCCGAAGUCCACCAGAACUUGGAAGAAAACUGUUAACAUCUGUUUCAUCUUUUUACCUCCUUUCCUUUUUCUCUGCUCAAUAAAUAUUUCAAAGCAUAUUUGGAAUAAUGGAAGAUACCUUUAAAACAGGAACACGUUUUUGGACACAGACAUUUAAGAAUAAAUCUACCAGAACUAGGAAGAAAGCACACCCAUCAUACCUCCCUUGUUUUCCCCUUGUUCUCCUUUAGUUUUUAAGUGACCUUCUUCCAGAAUUUAAUGAAAUUAUUAUGAAGUGAGAAAGGUCUACUGCUUUGAAAAUAAAUGGCUCUCACUUACUCAUAAAGAUAGAUAUUCUUUUAUGGGUGCUUAUUAUCCCUUCUUUCAAUAAAUGUCUCUUUGAUAUUAUAAAUUAUUCUGAAAAGUCCAUAGUAUUCCCAGAGUUUCCUGAUAACUUUUGCCUAUUUUUAUCAAUAACUGCUAGAAAUUCUUCAAAAGAAUAGCUUUUUCUACCAAUUCAGGUUGGUUUUCAUUUGUAUUUUUUCUGUGUACAUUAUCAUUUAAGAUUAGAUUCUGUUCCAUAUAACAGAAAACCAAAGAUAACAGUGUUUUAAACUAAGUAGGAUUCUCCCCCUUACAUAGAAGAAACCUAGAAGUAGGUGGUGCUGAAGUUUCUUUCUUCCUCAGUGUGUGAUUUUUAUCCUCAAGUUCCUCCACUCUUACUGAUUGCUGUUAGAGGCUCUGGGGAAGGGCAAGGAAAAACUUUUCUUAGCUGAAUCAGCUUGAGGCAAUUUUCUAGAACCAGCAGCACUUAAAUUUAGGUCUCAUUGUCUAGAACUAAGUUACAUAGCCAAACCUAGCUGGGGAGACUGAGGAAUCCACACAGCAAUGUGACUAGCUAAAAGUUGGCAGUUUACUAAGAAGAAGGAAGGAGGAAGUGUUUGGUAGACAACUUACAGUUUUAACCUUAAUCAGUCUAGCUACUGAAAUCUCUGUGAAUAUUCUUCUAAGACAGUGUUUUCUGUCCAUCCCAUCCCAAAGAGAAACCACCAGAAAUCCAAUCCAUAAUUACAUAUUGGUUCUAAGACCAUUGUACCUGGGUGUUGUCCUUCCCUUCAGGUUAGAGCAUGGUUCCUUGUGUUAUGACCACCUACUAACUGAAAGGCAAGUUUACUGCCCCCAAAGCAUCACAUACAUAAUGUAUAUGUAUAGGAAAAUAGCAAAAUAAAUAAAUAAAUAAAUAAAUAAACUUUUAGAAAAAGAAAGAAUUGGAAACAUAGUGGACAUGAUCUCUAGCAAUUAAAAAGUAUUGCUUGGCAAAAUAGUAAUGUUUGUUAUAAUCAUGGAUAUAUUCCUUGAUUCACCUUUCUGAGAGAAAGUUCCUUAUCUAAUGUCCUCAGGCCCCAUAGGAGGCUUUUGUUGUCCAUUAAUUUUCAGGGACAUAUCUGCCUGGGAAUUGGAUACUGGACAGUGUUAGAAAUUCACUUCCUAUUAUUGUGGGCUUGGAGGUGCCAGGAUUGUUUUAGAUAGUUAAUAGCUAUAGGUUGUUGUGAGCUAGGUUUGGGUUGUUAUUUGUUAUUGUUUUGACUUUUUGGCCAAAUAGUUCCCCCCAGAUUUAAGAAGUUUCUAAGUUUUUUCCCCUGUGGUUGUUUCCGUGAGCAACCAGAGUCAAAGAUAGUUUUAACAUAAUUAAAAGACAUAGUUUUUAAGAAAGAACCUCUUCAUUUACUUGCUGGUCUCUGUGCUCUUUCCAUCUGUUGGGUCUUAAACAAAUGGUACCUACUUGAGACCCUUUCAGACUUAGUCUUGGAUGGGAUGGCAACAAUCUUAAUCUGAUUUUUUUUUCUCUGAGAAUAGCUUCUAUUACUAGACAGAAAAAAAACCUUUUUUUUUUGAGUCUUGAGGGUCAAACCCUGGGAUAUUCUACCACUGAGUCAACCCUUGGCCCUUUUUAUUUUUGAUUUUGAGACAGGAUCUCGCUAGGUUGCCCUGGCAGGCCUCAAACUUGUGAUCCUUCUGCCUCAGCCUCCUGAAUAGCUGGGAUUAUAGGCUUGUACCUGGCUGGCAGAAAAUUGUUAAGGGAAGAUUCUUGAAAAAGGUUAGCAACUUCCUCAGAGCCUUUACUAAUAUAAUGGUUUCAGUUGAAGGGCGAUAGUAGUUGACUUUUUUAAUUCAUAGAGACCUAGGUUUAGGGCUUUCUCAAUUGAUAUUGUAGGUAGAGAGCAGUUUCCCCAGCAAAGCUGUCUUGCCUUGCACCUGCAGUCUUGUUAACCUUUACCUAAGUUGUAUUUAUCUUGUGUGCUUGUCAACACAUGCUAGCCUUCUGAAGUCCUACCACCACUUUGUCAGAUACCUUAACCUUGGUUGGCCGGAGGUCUCAUUGCCCAAAGUCCUAUUUCCUCAACUGUGCCAUUCCCUACCCACUGAC